CAAUGGUAAAUUGUUGGCAGUUGUUCAAGACCAGUGUGUAGAAAUCAGGUCUGCAAAAGAUGACUUUGGAUCCAUAGUUGGAAAAUGUCAAGUGCCAAAGGAUCCUAACCCUCAGUGGAGGCGAGUGGCAUGGAGUCACGAUUGUACCUUACUUGCCUAUGCUGAAAGCACUGGAACAGUGAGAGUGUUUGACCUAAUGGGUAGUGAGCUUUUGGUCAUUUCACCAACAGCAAGUUUUCCCGGAGAUCUGAGUUACGCUAUUGCUGGAUUAAUCUUUCUAGAAUACAAAGCAAGUGCCCAAUGGUCAGCUGAACUGCUUGUCAUUAAUUAUCGUGGAGAUCUGAGAAGUUAUCUUGUAAG